AACAACUUGAGGCCCCUUUGUACAAUGGGCGUCCUGCUACUGUUGUUUAUUGACUCAAGUGUGGUUAUUUGCACUGCUGUGUUGCAAAAUCCAGCGCAUCAUAUCUAAAGCGGCUUGACUGAGUGUGAGAAUGACAGAAGUGUGUAAAGAGUUGUUCGGUACUGCACCGGAUCAGGGUCCAGUGGAGAAAUGGAUCCUGCGGUCCGACAGUGUCAGUGUGGAGAUCAUUUCUCUCGGCUGUGUUAUAAAGUCCAUCAAAACAGCGGAUCGGAGCGGUCAAAGUGCAGAUAUAGUGUUAGGAUACGAUGAUUUAGAAGGUUAUCUCUCAAACCCAUGCCACUUUGGAGCUGUAGUGGGCCGUGUUGCCAACCGUAUUGCCAAGGGCCGGUUUGUGAUCAAUGAGAAGGAAUAUAAACUGGCUAUAAACAAUGGACCCAAUGCUCUGCAUGGCGGACUGAAAGGCUUUAACAAGGCAGUGUGGAAAACAGAGGUUGUGGAUAAUGGAUUGAAACUGAGCCACAGUAGCCCAGAUGGUGAUGAGGGAUACCCUGGGAACCUGAGCACUUCUGUCACCUAUAGACUGGAGAAGAACACAUUGAGUGUGCUGUACCAUGCACAGACUGACCAAACUACACCAAUCAACCUUACCAACCAUUCAUACUUCAACCUGGCUGGACAGGGGAAACCAGACAUUUACGACCAUGAGGUGACCAUCUCAGCAGAUUCUUACCUGCCUGUGGAUGACACAAUGAUCCCCACUGGGGAAAUAAAAGCUGUGGAGAACACACUGUUUGACCUGAGAAAGCCUGUCCUCCUUGGCUCUAGACUUAAUGAGCUCCCUGGGCCAGGCUUUGACCACAACUUCUGUCUUUGCACACCAGGUGAACCACAGCUGGAGAAGAAAUGUGCAAGUGUGGUGCAUCCAGGGACUGGCCGUGUUCUGGAGGUGAGCACUACCCAACCUGGGGUUCAGUUCUACACCGCAAACUUUCUGAAUGGGACACUGAAAGGGAAAGGUGGAGCUUCUUACUCCAAACACAGUGCCUUCUGUUUAGAGACCCAAAACUGGCCAGAUGCUGUCAACCAGGCUCAUUUUCCUGAUGCUUUGCUGAGGCCAGGAAAGGAGUACACACACAUCACACGCUACACAUUCUCUGUGGUCUGAAAUUACAUGAACAUGUGUAUUGUACUUCCAACAUGUUUGAAGGCUUUAUGUAUUAUGUCUGCACUUUUGAGCUGGCAAAAUGUAAGAGAGUAAAGUUAAUGACAUUUCUGUAUGUUUUGAUUUUGUAAAUCAGCACAAUAACAAACUUAGACAUUAGCAUGAUUACUAGUCUACUAAUGUUGUGUAUUAAUUCAUCUCACAAAAUCCUCCUGUUAUCUUCAGUGAUUAGUACUGAAUACUGAUUCAAUUCAGCAAAGACAUUUUUAUCACAAAUAGUCAUUAGUUUAUGCAAAAGUAGGUUUAAGUAAAAAAAAAAAAUAGUGAAAUACAUGACAUUUUUAGAUUGAAUUUUAAAUGUUAAUUAAAAAUGUUAAUGACGGAACACAGACUAUCAUUUGAUUAUAAAAUACUUUAUAGUGUU